AUGUUGACAAUGAGUGUGGUGGAUAAUAAUGGACAAAAACCCGAACGAGCUUUUGAUUUCAUCCUCCUCUUCGUUUCCCUACAAUUCCAAAUCCCGAGACCCGUGUAUUUCUAUCUAUCCUCGCCACGGCCGUUUGUGGAGGGAGGUGCAUUCCCAAACGCCGCACUUCGAAAUGCACUCAACUUGGGAAAACAGGCCAAACUGCGGCUCAUCAAGAUUGUCGUGAAUAAUGAGGAGAUGACGCCAAACUACGAGUUCGCUGGAACUGCCAACUGGCGUGAUGAUUGGAAAGCGUGUCUACCGGAAUGUGUGGAUGCAUAUGAGCCAUGCUUCAUCUUGUUCCGUUUGAAUACAAUCACUGAAUGGGUUUUGAUAACAUUCGUCGACGAUCGUGCUCCGGUUCGCGAGAAGAUGCUUCUGGCGGCCACAUGUGCCACAUUCAAAAGCGAGUUCGGACAGUGUUACAUCGAACACGAGAAACAUGUCACGGACCGUAAGGAUCUUACUCUCACUGCCUUCGAAUCAUGGCUGAAAGCAAAAACCGAACUGGGACCAAUGAGUGAAGUUGAGAAAGAACUUCACAAUGCUCAGCAAGAGAGAGCCGCCAUCGCUCAUGCCGGACCACAACAUUUGAAGGGUGUCGCUUUUCCAGUGGAUCGUAACGCUGAGGAAGCGCUGAGAAAAUUGGCCCGACAGCAGCUGAGCUUCGUUCAGCUUUCGGUUGACACACUCAACGAAGCCAUCAAACUGGAAAACACUCUCGAGUCAUUGGAACCAUCUGCACUUGCAUCCAAGGUGCCACGUGACAAGCCAAGAUACACAUUCUAUAAUUUUGAUCAUACAUGGGAGGGUGUUCCACAAAAGUGCACUUUGUUCAUCUACUCGCUGCCAUCAUCCGGAAGCUCAAUCAAAGAACGAAUGCUCUACUCCAGUUGCAAAGGGCCAUUCUUGGGUGCUGCACAAAAUCAAUAUGGAGUUGUCAUCACAAACAAGAUGGAAGUCGAUGCUCGUGAUGAUUUGUCCGAGAAAGCUCUUCUCGAAGUCAUCCAUCCGCUUCCCGUUGAAGCGCCAAAACAAUUCUCGCGUCCAGCUCCACCACGCGCCGGUCCACGUCGUAUCACAAAGGUCUAA